GGGAGCGUCCUUUUGCAAGCAAGUGUGAGGCUGUUUUGGUUGAAAGCACUGCCUCCUCUCUCUGGUUCACCUCCAUUGGACCGUUUCAACCUACUUCGCCUUUUGACGCCUUUUAAGGGGUUCAUGUACAUAGCAAACUACUAUUAUAUAGUGUAUGUAGGAGUAGGAGAGAUCUUUCGACAUUUGAAUUUCAUGGGCAUUAUCAAAGACGAAUAGUUUGGACGUGAACAAGCCCCCCACCUUCAACCUCGCACUCUCCACAUGGUUUCCUUCACGAUUGCCGUAUUGGCGGCUUUGGCAUCGAGUGCAGUUCUCACAGGCCCGGCAUCCUGUUCUACAUCACCACCCAUUACACCGUCAACUAACCCUCAGCACCAUGUCCAUCUUACUACGCGAAACGAAGAGUACCAACCCCUUAUUACCCUAGACUUUCCCCACUCGCUUGGAUACGACAGAAUAAAAGCAUGGAUGGAUCCGAGAGUGCAUCCCUGUGAGGACUUUUAUAUGCAUGCCUGUGGUGGCUUUAUAGAUCGAUAUCAAAAGAUUCAUGGGGCGGACGUGCUAGAGUUGAUGCAAAGGAGCAAUUCGCUAUUAAUGGAGAGUAUCCUAAACCAAACCUCGGACGCCUUGGGCAAGACACCCCUCGACAGACAGCUUUUUGACAAAACUCGAGCAUACUACGACUCAUGUCGAAACGUUCACGCAGUUCAACAGCGAGGCUUUGGACCUAUCAUCUCUUAUGGUUACGAAAUUGUGGAAAACUGUGAACGACACAUGUCAUUACCUGCUCUAUUUGGGGAGCUUCACCAGGAUGGGGUGUAUGCUCUCUUCAAGACAGCGUACACCAAGGUCGAGAAUAAUGAUCCCAAAGAUCUUCGCUUGCAGUUCUACCCUGCUCCUGCCUAUCAGGUCGGGCCCGACACUGUAAAAAAAGUUCUACAACCUUUUGUCCAUCACGGGAUCUUGCGAUUACCCCAUGAUGCUGACUUGGAGAAGAUUGCGGUGUGGAUUUCCGGUUUGGAAGCAGAGAUGGCAAAGUUUAUUGAAGCACUCAACAAUGGUCAAGAGGCGGGCGAAGGUCUGGAUCCAACCCAGUUCCUUACCAUGGAAGAACUCAAUUCGCGAACCUCUCUGGACUGGCGACAGUACGUGGGUCCCCUCCAUAUGAGUGGGGCACAUAAAGUCUACUUUUGGGGCGACACCGAUAUCUGGAUAGAUACGAUCAAUGCUCUUACACGUUACGACCCCAAAGACCUAAAGUACUACUUCAUAUGGCGAUUGGGCGUUUCGCACUUCAACAAGCUCUCGGAGGAUUACUACCGGAUCUGGGCAGCAGACUUGAAACCUCGGGCAGUUCACUCUGUGUAUGAUGACCCAAAUGACCAAAGCGAUAUGUUUCAGAAUGACUGUGUCACGGAGACAGGCGUUCAGUUGAGCUAUUUAUCUGGUCAUUUAUUCGUGAAGUACGCUUUCAACACUACACAGAAACAUGCUGCCACCAUUUUGGUGAACGAACUGAUUGAUUCAUUUGGUGGCAAACUACGCACCCUUGGUUGGAUGGACGAAGAUACUAAAAAGGCGGCGAUUGCCAAAUUGGACAAUAUGAUUGAAAUUGUUGGCUAUCCGGAAUGGCUAGCCGAUCCGCAAAUUGUCGCUGACUAUUAUUCGCCCGUCCACUUCAACCGAGACACCUAUUUUGAGAAUGCCGUCCAAGCCCAAGUCUUUGCUCUCUUCGCACCGUCUAUCCACCAAGUAGGGCAAAGCUUCCGACGGGAUACAUUAUACUUUGGAUACCCGUGGCAGCUGAACGCAUUCCAUUUAACCGACUACGUUCAAAUUCAAAUCAACCCUGGUAUCCUUCAACGUCCUUUGUUCUCCGCCAAGAAUCCGCGAUCGAUGAAUUAUGGAUCUCUUGGGAUGAUCAUUGGACAUGAAAUCACGCACGGAUUUGAUUCAACCGGGUACAAGCUCAACAAGGACGGCGAACGUAAACCAUGGUGGACACAACAUUCCAUGAAAAUGUUUGAGGAGGGCGCAAAGUGUUUUGUGGACCAGUAUAACCGAUAUGCGGUGAAGUUUUCUGAUGGAUCCUUGGGCAAAGUAGAUGGAAAGCAGACUAUAAGUGAAAAUAUUGCCGAUAAUGGAGGAUUGGAUGUGGCGCUCACGGCAUGGAAGACGGCAGAGGCUAAAGCAAAGAAGGACUUCAAUCCACGAGAAGAGGAGGAAGGAUUUGGUGGAUUGACCAAAGAGCAAGUCUUCUUCUUGUCUUUUGGACAGACAUGGUGUACGGCCAAAGAUGAUUCCAUGACAAGAUACCUGCUCGAGAAUGAUGUUCACGCACCAAAUGCAGUUCGUGUGAAUGGGGUUUUACAUAACUCUCCCGAGUUUGUCAAGGCUUUUGGGUGUCGGGUGGGAUCUCCAAUGAACCCUAGGGGAGAUGAAGGAAGAUGCUUCUUGUAUUGAUUUUUUUUAUAUAUACCAACUUGCAUGGACUUAACAGUUGCAUAAAUAUAAAUAGCAAGGUAGCAAAAGG